CAGGUGAUCCCUGCCACAGGAUUACUGGCUUAAAUUCUUCUGGAAUCUUCCCACGAGAUGGAUCACACACUGAUCUUUCUUUGGGUGCUGCUACUUUCAGCCACAGCAUCUACAGUAUCUGGAGUAACCCCCAUGCCAAGUGAUCUUUUCUCGACAGCGGUAGCUGAAUGUGGCAGCACGUUUUCAGAUGCUACAGGCUCAUUUUUUGGCCCUUAUUAUCCUGGAGGCAAUAGAAGUGAAAAGUGUGUCUGGAGAAUUAACUCCCCUGAGCAUCAUCCAAUAAGAAUAACCCUUAAUUAUAUAAACUUAGACUGUGCUACUGAAUAUAUUGCUGUCUAUCAGGGAGAGCCAGAGAGGUCAACUCUACUUGGGAAAAUAUGUGAAGGAGAAAAGACACUUUUCUCGUAUUCAGGCCAGCUGACCGUGGUACUAUACAGACAUUCCAAUAUAGAAGGUCAAGGCUUCAUUGCAUUUUAUGAUGUAGGAGAGGAUUUCACAACUCCAUUGCCAAGAGCUGACUUUACCACUCAUCCUGAAGAAACAAGUGGUACCAUGGAAGAGAAUUCUCCAUCUACUCCAGCUCCAAUUACUAUCGAAAGAACUAUCGAAACAACUACCCUAUCAGAAACCCAGGCUCCAUCUACUCCAGCUCCAUCUACUCCAGCUCCACCUGCUAUCGAAACAACUAUCAAAACAACCAUCCCAUCAGAAGGAGCCCCUGGUAGGAAAAUUCACACUUUUAUUUUCUAUAAUCAUGCACUUAUGAGUGAUUAA